AUGUGGAGCCCGGACGAUGGCACAUUCAACUAUCCAAUCUUUUACAGGCGGAUUGUGGAGCUUUUUGAAAGGACAGUCUUUGGGGAUGAAUCAGGAUGUGCAAUACCCAAUUCAGGAGCACAGGCCACCAGUCUGGACACCGGCGUACAAAUUUCUGCUACACCUUUGUUGGGCCUGGCACUUGAAGCUAGCAACCUGACAAGAGCGGCCCUGAACAUGCUCACAACAAUGGCUUCUCGCAUGAAUGCCCCCGGCGCCGACGACACAGACCACACAAUGAUGACCGGCUCAUCAAGUCCGCCGCCUCUCAGACAACUUGCCACCCAGUCCUCUCGUCAUGGUCAAAGCACCCAGUCCUCUCGUCAUGGUCAAAGUAACUGGCACAUGUUGUUGCGCAUCCUGGACGAAGACAAGGAUGAAAACAAAGACAUGUACCUGGAUGGUAGGCCCUGUGGCAGCUUGUCCAAGAGUUCCAUGCACGAUGGGGAAGACGGCACUGCACACCAAUCGCGCAAGUGCAAGACCCUCAUGGACGACGACUCUGACGCUGCUAACAAUAACACCGGCAGUAUUGCCCAUCACUCAUGCAAGCCCAGAUGUCUUGUUGAGGAGGACGAUGAGCACAAGCACGACAACCACAACCAUAACAACCAUGACAACCAUGACAACAUAGUGCCGCAAUUGCACAAGCGCACGGCCGCGCAUGCUCAGUAUGAUAAUGAUAGUAGCCACACCUCAAAAGCACGCAAGGCCAAGAUGAAUGCUGGCACUAUGUCAACUUCCAAGGGCAAGGGGAGGUCUUAG